CUCUCUCUCUCUCUCUCUCUCUCUCUCUUCGUCAAUGUACUGAGAUCUGUACAAAAUUUCACCAAAGCAACCUCGGAGACUCCGUCAUUCGAUUCCCUUAUAAAAACCAUUCGUAGCCAUCGCACGUCCACCAUGUCCGUCUCCGUCUCCGGCCAAAAUGAACGGAGGCGCUCCCCAUUUCCGUUCAUCUUCUCCCCUCGCUAAUCGACAACCUAAACCUACCACUUCCAGCAACAAGCAAAACUCCAAACACUCUCACACCACCAACGGCACCGUUUCGAAUAUGAAUAUGAAGAAGAGAUCCUCUCCGUUAGCCGCGAAUGACGGUGGGUGGUACUGGUUGGGAAACGCUCAUUUCAUGACGUGGAAAGCGGGGGAUUUAUUGGGUGUGGUGAGGCACCACCCUUUACCGUGCGUCUUCUUCGCCUCCCUCUUGUUCUUCAUGGGUGUUGAAUACACCCUCCGCAUGAUCCCCUCCACUUCCCCGCCGUUCGAUCUGGGCUUCAUCGCCACCGUUCCUCUCAAUCGCGUUCUCGCUUCCAGACCCGCCCUUAAUACUCUUCUCGCCGGCCUCAAUACGGUGUUUGUGGCGAUGCAAUCAGCGUACAUAGUAUGGGCGUGGCUGAUUGAAGGCCGUCCAAGAGCAACCAUUUCGGCACUGUUCAUGUUCACAUGCAGAGGAAUUCUUGGAUAUGUUACACAACUGCCGUUGCCUCAGGAUUUUUUGGGUUCGGGAGCUGAUUUUCCGGUAGGGAAUGUGUCGUUUUUCUUGUUCUACUCGGGGCAUGUAGCGGCAGCAGUGAUCGCGUCGCUUGACAUGAGACGAAUGCAGAGGCGAGGGAUGGCUUUGGUGUUCGACUUGCUCAACGUGUUGCAGGUGGUGAGGUUGCUGAGCACAAGGGGUCACUACACAAUCGACUUGGGCGUUGGGGUUGGUGCCGGAAUGCUGUUUGAUUCUCUGGCCGGAAAGUAUUUAGAAUGUAAAAAGUUGAACUAAUUAAUGGCAGCAUUCCCAAAUACUGAAUAACAAGCUAUUUCUUAUAGGACUCAAGUUGUUUACAGAUGUAAAGAGAAUUGUUUGUGGUUGCUUUCUUGGCCACCCUUCCGACCAUGUGGUCCAUGUCACCGUGUCCAACAAACUUGUACUUCUAAUUGGAUUUGAUUUCUCGAUAAUGCCAAAUCCAUUUAAAAAUUAAGUUU